AUGACCGAGUUCUCAGAGGAGAAGAUCCGCGUCUGCGAGGCGAUACUGGCGCGGACGGAGGGUGCUGCGAGCGAGUUUUUGGCGGGGAAGUUGAAGAAGGAGACGGCGCGGAAUUGGGAUUUGUUCUACAAGCGGAAUACGACAAACUUCUUCAAAGACAGACAUUGGGUGGAGCGGGAGUUUCCCGAGCUGAGGCCGGUGGCAGGCAUAGCGCCUGCAUCAAAGUGUGGUUGUGCUUCGUUAUUCAAAGGCUGCGGCGUUGGAAACUUCAUCUUCCCCACCCUCGACUCCAACUCUGACCUGUUCAUCUACGGAUGCGACCUCUCCAAGCGCGCCGUAGACUUUGUCAAGGCGGAUGCGAAAUACGACACGCAAAGAUGCAAAGCCUUCGUCUGCGACAUCACCUCCCAGCCACUGACUGACAAUGUUCCGCCACAUUCACUGGACCUGGUGUCAGCUUUGUUUUGUUUUAGCGCUAUCCCGCCCGAUCAAAUGCCCCCGGCGGUGGAGAACCUGAAAUCAGUGCUGAAGCCGGGUGGCAUUGUCUUGUUCCGCGACUAUGGCAUAUACGACGCCGCCCAACUCCGCUUCAAACCCACCUCCAAGCUCAGCGACCGUCUCUACGCGCGACACGACGGCACGCUCUCCUAUUUCUUCUCCACCGCAGACCUCGACCGCCUGUUUUGCGCGAACGGGUUUGUGCCCAUCGAGAACACGUAUGUCGUCAAGACCGUUGUGAAUAGGAAACGAGAGCUGCAUAUGGAGAGGGUGUUUGUGCAGGCGAGAUUGAGGUAUCAGCCGUGA